AUGCUCCCUGCCCUCCUGACUCGUCCUUCGGCUGCAGAUCUUCUUGCCACAGUAGCUGCGACACCUUCAACCUCCCGGUUUGCAGUGCAAAGUGUACGCCGGCUUGUACGUGCAAUGAAGGGUUCGCCUUCCAGUCGGCCGAUUCGGACGUCUGCGUGCCCAUCGACUCUUGUAAUGUGACCUGCCAGCAAAACGCACACUUUGCGCCAUGUUACAGACAGCCACUGGAGACCUGCGCCAUUCUGGGUAUCCACUAUCAGCCAUCUAAACAUUGCAUGCCCCGCUGCGUGUGCAACGAUGGGUACGUCCUCUCUGACGAGCCCAUCCCCCGGUGUAUAAAUAAGAAGAAGUGCGCAAUGUAACCUGGAAAUUAAUGACGUUGCUU